AUGUCGUCGUCGUCGUCGUCGAGGCGGUGGGCGUCGGCCUCCGUUACGGACCUGUCGUCCGCCGGCCGGUCGCCUCUCCCCGCCGCCGCGCUCUCCCCCGUCCGCCCGAGCGCCCGCCGCUCCCCCGCCGUGUCGCGCCCCGAUCCGGCGCCAUCCAUCGCCCGCACGAUAUGGCCUUCCUCCUCCUCCUCUAACAGUGGCAACACGAGCACUAGGAAGGCGUCGCCGUCGCCCUCGUCCCCUGCGCCAGCCGCGUCAACCCCCUCCUCCUCCUCGUCUGUGGCCACCACGCUCGCCGACCACCUCGCCGAAGACUCUCUGGACGCGCCGCCUGCUGCGCUCUCGCGGCAGCGGAGCUGCACCGAGCUCCCGCGCUUCGCCGACGCGGACGCCGAGGCGAGGAAGGUCGUCGUCGCCAGGUCGGGCGGCCACGCGAGCGCGAUCGGCCGCUCCAUGCGGCUCCUCCCGUCCACGAGGCCAGCCGGCGUCACACUCACCCCGGGCCGCGUCGCGCCGUCCGACCUCCGCAGGCUCGACGCCGGCGCCGACGUCGCCAGCUCCGGGUCGGAGUGCAGCGACGCCUCCAGGGGCGGCGGCGGCUCCACACCGAGGACGACGACGAAGCUGCCCAAGCCGCCGCCCUCGCCGUUGAUAGCGCGAACCAACUCCACCCGCCUGCUCGGGUCCAGCAACACGCAGUGGGCGCUGUCGCCGGGGCGACGGAGCGGCUCGCCGCUGAAGACGACGCUGGCGACGGUGCCGGAGCUCAAGGGCAAGACGAAGAGCCUAAUAGGCCUUGGAUGGGGCCAUCUCUUUAGCCGGAGGAAGGCGGCGGCGGCGGAAACGGCCACCGGAGCGCAAGCAACGGCAACACUGUCCUCGCCGGCGUCGCGGCGGAGCGGUGGAGGUGGUAAUAGGGAGAUCGGCCAUCAGAUGAAGAUGAUGCACUGCCGGCUGUUGCAGUGGCGCUUCGCAAAUGCCAAGGCAGAAGCCGUCAGCAAGAACAAGCUGUCUAUUUUCGAGGUGGAAUUCAUGGGUGCAUGGGCUAGGAUAUCAGAGCUGCAAGGUAAAGUGGCAAGGAGGCGUGUACAACUCGAGAAAGAGAAGCUCAAAAUCAAGUUGAAUUCCGUACUUUCUUCUCAGAUGAGAGGUUUGGAAAGCUGGGGGCAGCUGGAGAGCAAGCAUGCUGUGGCUUUGGAUUCUACCGUAGUUUGCACCCAGGCAGCCAUUUGUAAGCUCCCUCUUACCAAUGGCGCAAAGUAUGAUGACAGUAGCUAA